AUCCUAGCUACCAUUUUAUUUGUCACCUAUAUAUAACCCACUCGGCCACCAAGUUUCUCACACAAGCUCAACUAUUAUACUCACUCCUGGAAGCUAGCACCUACACAUCACAAAAAAACCGGCCUCACUAGUUUAUUUUUCCGGCGGAAACAUGGGCAGCAUAGAGGAUGUUCGGAAGACAAAACAGGCUGAAGGCCUGGCGACAGUCAUGGCGAUCGGUACCUCAACCCCACCAAACUAUAUCGACCAGAGCACGUUUCCAGAGUACUAUUUCCGGAUUACUAAAUGCGAGCACAAGACCGAACUCAGAGAGAAGUUGAAGCGCGUCUGUGACAAAUCCAUGAUCAAGAAGCGUCACGUGUUCUUAACUGAAGAAAUCCUAAAGGAAAAUCCCAGUAUGUGCGAGUACAUGGCACCUUCCCUGGACGCUAGGCAGGACAUCUCCGUGGUGGAAGUCCCCAAACUUGGCAAAGAGGCUGCCACAAAGGCCAUACAGGAAUGGGGCCAGCCCAAAUCCAAAAUCACCCACUUGGUCUUCUGCACCUCCACUGGUGUUGACAUGCCGGGUGCCGACUACCAGCUCACCAAGCUCCUUGGCCUCUCCUCCUCCGUCAAACGCCUCAUGUUCUACUUCCAAGGUUGCUUUGCUGGUGGUACUAUCCUCCGCGUAGCCAAAGAUUUGGCAGAGAACAACAAGGGCGCAAGGGUUCUAGCUGUGUGUUCUGAGAUCACGGCUGCCUUUUUUCGCGGACCUAGCGACACCCAUCUUGAAGCUCUAGUUAGCCAGGCAAUGUUCGGAGAUGGUGCGGCUGCUGUUAUCGUAGGUGCAGACCCGAUACCCGGAGUUGAGAAGCCAUUGUUCGAGUUGGUCUCCGCAACCCAAACCAUUCUGCCCGAUAGCGAAGGGGCUAUCAGUGGAAAGAUUCGGGAAGCGGGCAGUACUGUCCACUUUGUCAAGGAGGUUCCAGGGAUCAUCUCCAAGAACAUAGAGAAGCCCCUAACAGACGUGUUUCAACCCUUGGGAAUCUCAGAUUGGAACUCUAUCUUUUGGGCUCCACAUCCUGGUGGGCGUGGUAUUCUAGACCAACUAGAGUCGAAGCUGGGCCUUAAGCCGGAGAAGCUACGGGCCUCGAGGCACGUGUUGAGCGAAUACGGUAAUAUGGCAAGCGCAUGUGUGUUGUUCAUCUUGGAUGAGAUAAGGAAGAAGUCAGCGGAAGAAGGGCUCAAGACCACUGGUGAGGGGCUCGAUUGGGGCGUGCUCCUUGGGUUUGGACCUGGGCUCACUGUUGAGACUGUGGUGCUCCAUAGUUUGUGCCCCUGAGUGUGGUUAUUAUUAUUUGUUUGGUAUCAUGCCAUUGUUUUUGGAAUGGCUUAUAAUGGAAGGUCUCACGCCAUACUACUUCGUGGAUGCUCAUACGAAGAGCCAAAAAGCUCUGUGUGUGAACGACCCGACAUCAAUAAAUAGUAUGGAAUAGUAUAUGUUGUAGUAAAGAUCAUGUGAACUUAUAAAUAAGGGACUUUUGGGCAAGAGGUCUACACAUCUCUCCCCUCCCUAUUGUAAUCCUUUGCUCUAGUAAUAUCAAGUCCUCUUUGUGUGUGUA